CAAUAGAUUAUGGUAUUUGUGCUCGUAUUAUUCGCCAGUUCCAUCAGUUACUUUCUGACCACUGGUCAGUUACAACGAGUGGACUUGCAUUAGUUACCAUAGAGAUUUCGAGGGCAUGAUUAUAACGAGUUAAAAUCCUGUAAAAUUAAGUAGAAAAAAAUAUUUAAUUAAAGAAUCUCGUCUACCAAAGCUCUGCUACUUCUAAUGGCCGACCUUAAGGGCCUGGAAACAGAACGAAAAGAACGACGAAAGAUCAGAAAGAGCAAGAUUGAAAAACGCCGACGAGAAAGAAUUAACCAGAGCCUAGCGGAGUUGAAGGAACUUCUGUCUUUGGUGGAUCCUAACGAAAUGUGUGAGACGUCAACUCACACUAGUAAACGAAGAGCCGAAAUGUUAGAAAAGUUAGUUCUACACUUGCGAUAUCUUCACACAAAAUUCUCUUCAGAAGUCAGCACCAUGCUUGAAGCGCCACCCGGUGAAGGUUUUAUUAUUGGCUACAGGAAAUGUAUGACUGAGAUUGCUCGUUUUUUGUCAGCGAAUGAAUACAGACAGUCUCCUGAAUUCAUGCCCCGUCUGUUUUGUCAUUUGAAUCGAAGGCUCCAAGAAAACAAUAAACGUUACAGCGAAAAAUCGACGAAACAGACAGACGACUUGUUGGUCCCAUCGGAUUCUUCUCAAACACAAGAAGAAAACUCCAGAGAAACAGAACCAAAUCAUAACGAAUUGCCGGUUAAAAACGCCUUCAUUGGUCCUGGAUUUUUUUCUAGCGGUUAUUAUUUUUGGCCUGUGUACAACCGUGAUACGUCAUCUAGCGAUUUUAUUGGCCGUCAUCCUGGAAUUAAAAUGUCUUUGAAAAAGGAAAUGGGUUCGAGUCAAAACGAUAAUCAAGAAGAUUCUCGAAUAAUAAGAAAUGUUGAGUGUUUGAAUCAGGCUAAUGGAAAAAUGUCAUCUAGCGAUUUUAUUGGCCGUCAUCCUGGAAUUAAAAUGUCUUUGAAAAAGGAAAUGGGUUCGAGUCAAAACGAUAAUCAAGAAGAUUCUCGAAUAAUAAGAAAUGUUGAGGGUUUGAAUCAGGCUAAUGGAAAAAUGGUUUGGCGCCCUUGGUAAAAAAAAGACGAGAAAAUGAUAUUUAUAUAACUUUCUAGUGAUUACUUCGAGUAAAAUAACAGAAGGAACCAGUGUAGUUCCAGACAGCAUAUGAUUUAUUACGUUCACCUGUUUGAAUUCGUUACUAAAAGUUUGUCAACCUUAAAUGACCGAUAUCAGGUUUUCGAAGACAAAAUACAGAAAUGUUAUCAGUAACAAACUUGUUUCUUUGUGUAGUUGAUUUCCAGGUAUUCAAUGUAAAUA